CGUGAAUCUCCAUCUUUCCCGCUGGUCUUCCCGUCUCCCUCCACUCCACAAUGCGUCCCUCCCUCUUCUUCAACCGCAUGAAGCACGCCGGCACCUUCUUCGCCGGUGGUCUUGUCACCAUGUUCUUCAUCACCAAGCUCCAGCUCUCUGCUGCCAAGAACCCCGCCCUCAUUGCUGAGUCUGACUACUUCAAGUCUGUCCUCGGUGUCAAGGAGGAGCACUCUCAGCACUAAAUAGCCACAAGUGCUGGUAGCCUCCUUGGGAGGCAUUCUCCCGGUGUUCGGUGGUGAUGUUGGCAUCGGUGAGGGGGGGGGGGCGGGGGAGG